AUUGCUAGCGGUGCGCACCUCAUUGUACAGACAAGUUGUUGAAGUAAGAAAUCUUUUGGUGCUCGUGCUCACUGCAACCUUUUCAGAAGUGUAGCAUGUCACAUAGCGUCCAGAUAAUUAAAAAACAUUUUCUUUUUUCAGUGUAUACUCGGAAUUCCAAGCAUGGAAGAUUCGGCUGGCUGUAAAACUGAACGCCCAGAUGAGCUUGGAUCCGCUUGAAUCCUUUCCGGAGACUCGCUUGGCUUUGUGGAUCUGUAUAUUGAGGGUGAACUCAGUCCGUUAUGGACGGCAGGGAAUUCGCUCCUCCUCCCCACCUCCUCUCUCAUGCGCUCGGCGUGGAAGCGGCCAGGGAGCGGGGCGCCCUGGCUCACCGAGCCGUCGGAAGAAUCGCCUCGACCGGCCACAGCACGGCUCCGCACCCGGCUCAUUUCCAACCUGCGAAAUAUUUUCCAUCUCCCCUCCCCAUGGCCACGCAUUCAGGCAACGCACUGAUGGGAAACUCGUCAGCCACAUUCAUGGGAAGUUUCCUCGCCAGCAGUUUGGGGUCAGCACCUGCUCAUCCCUCGGGACCCACGUCCUCCCCCUCCGAGCCCGCCUUCCGCAAUCCCCACACAGCGACGUCGCAGAUUUGGUUUUCCCACUCCCACGAAGUUCCAGGAUAUUCCAGAUUUUCAAGCAGUUUGGCCUCCACUUUCCUUCCCAUGAGCCAUCUAGAUCACCAUGGCAACGGCAACAGUGUACUCUACGGGCAACACAGGUUUUAUGAUUCACAAAAAGAUGGUUUCUAUCUGAGGAAUCUGCCAGGACAGCCAACCCUGCUCUCCACCAAUCACAGCUUCCCUUCCAUUUCCCGCGCGGCCCCGCUCGGCUCGUGCAGCCGAGACCGGGAGAUGAGCCACUCUCACAAAGCCGCCAAGGAUGCCGACAGACUGCUGGCUGCCAAGGAGGCGGGCAAGGAGCGGAUGAGCAAAAACGAAGGCAGUUCAAUGAGCAGUCAAAGGACUCACAAGGAGAGACACUCGGAAGAAGAUGGAAAAGAUGGACACAAGAUAGUGCACCCUCUGAUGCCAGACAUUAGAUGCAAGGAAGACCUCGCACACAUGCAUAACAGUAUGUGCGAAAACAGAAGUAAACAAUUCAAUAACUGUUUAACAAACUCCAAAGUUAUGAAUGGAGAUUCCAGUAAGACUUUAUUAGCAAGCUGCACUAAUAUUGGUGGGAUUUUACCAAGGCAAAUGGACAUCCAUACCCCAAGCAGGUGUACCAAAGAGAGCUUAAGGUUUGAGAGGGACUUCAGAGAAAAUGUUCCCUCUGGUCCAAUGCAUAUCGAGUGCUCGGACAGUUGGCAAACACCGCACCAUUCUGUCGCAUACUCUGUUCCUUCUUCACUGUCCAACAUUCCUCCGCCAUCUAGCACAGGCUCCGGAACAUUCCCCUGUUUGCAGGUUCAUUCCAACCUCGACCUUUUUUACCCGACUCAAGACAAAGCUGGCAGGGAGCUCAAGGUCACCGGGCCUACCUACGUGCCUUCGGUGGGACAUUUUGGUGACAAAAGUAGACCUUUUCAAGUCACCGGAGAGAACUGCAAGGUCAACAGAAGUCUAGGGAAGGAGAAGGGGCACGAGAAGAACGCAGAGAGGCCUGACGUUGGCACUGCCCCUAACUCGCACGCGCAUCUGAAGCUCGACGGGAAAGGAAUGGAAUGGCCGCACAACUCUGCCAUUAAAGGCAAGCAGCAGUGUGGCACCAGCACUGGUGCACAGAUGGUGAUUCCCUUCACGCCUCAGGCAGCCAAGGGCCCCUCAGGGAAAGGUAGCACUUACGUCAUGCCGCAGACUCAGGAUUGUUUCUGUUCCAGGGAGCUGGACACUUGCUGCGCCAAACUGACCCACUCCGGUUACAUGCUGGAGCGGGAGCAGGGCGGCGACACGCAGGAGAAAGCUCCUAAAGAAUCGCAGGGGCAGAAAGUGGCCAGGAUACGGCACCAACACCACAAGCUUCCCGAGGUGGAGCACAUAGGGAGUGGUUCGGAGAUGAAGAGAAGACCCCCGGAGCUCAGUUGUAUGAGCUACAAUGGAUCCCACAUACCGCCCUGGCAGGGGGCCCAGAUUCCGAUGGGCGAAGACCGGAAGAGUUCCUACCUUGAUCCCUUCAGUUCAAGUUUACAGCAGGCAGCAAUGUUGUCGCAAGGAUCGGUGCUGAACCAAGACAUGCUGGCUCAGACGGACGAAGUCUCCGCCAUGAAGAGUCUGCUGAAGUACAGCAGCUCCUUUCCCCCAGGCACGCAGGCCUUGAUCGUGGGGCAGAAGACCCCGUUCGGGGGUCUGGGGAACAUCAGGGCCAGCUGUGUCCACCAGGAGAUCAAGCUGCAAGGCGGGAAGUCGAGCCUGGAUUUGGAGCGUCUAGACUGUACCAAAGGAAGGGAAAACGAGUCAUCUCAGGGCGAUGGGGAGGUGCGGCAGCCUCCGGUUGGCAUUGCGGUGGCAGUGGCGAGGCAGAAGGAGAACCAGAACAAACACGAGGUGCCUUGUGGUACUGAAUCCAUCCGACAACACAGACACCUUCCUGGAGUAAAAGGGUCAUCGCGAUCUGCCUACGUCAUCGACUUAGAGAUGGAGGAAGAAAACAAUCAUUACCGUGAGGAGAGGAUGAGCCUUGCGCGACUGGAUAGGGAAAGGGACCACUUACUCCGCAUGGCCACUUCUAGACGGGGACUGCCGAUUCUUCCAGUUCAAACAUUCCAAGGGGAAAACAAAGACCUUGUGGAGCUUGCACGACUCCGCCAAUCCAAUGGUUGUCCUGGUGAACUGAAUCCGAACCUGAUGGUCACAGGAGGGCCAUCUCUGCAAGCAAAUCAGCUGGCGACUGAUCCCAGUGCUCAUGCUCACCUUACGCCUCCACAUUGGCUGCCAAGGACGGGCAGUCCCUCCGUGUGGAUGGGUGGCCAUUCAUACGGAAUUGGUCACCCAGCCCUCCAUUCAAAUCUACCACCUGGAUUCCCAGCAUCGAUGCCAAGCGCCAUGCAGACAGUAUUCCCACUUUCCCAAGACCCUUCAGCCCAGCUUGUUAUCCUUCCCACCGAGCCACCAGCACCACACCCGACUCCUCAUCACCUCGCAGAAGUGAUCGACCCUGCACAUUCCCUCUGGCCGCCCAUCUAUCCAGCCCGAGCCCCUGCCCCGCACAUGCAGCACCCCGGCCAGCUCUCUGUAUACCCUCGCUCCCAGCUUCUCCGCCAGCAGGAGCUCUACAUGUUGCAGCAACAGCAUCACCAACACCAACACCAUCAGCAGCAGCAGCAGCAGCAACAGCAACGGGCACAAGCACUUCAACUACAGCGACAUGCACAAGUAGCGGAUCAGCGGAAGGCAGAGGAACCUCGAUUGGAGGCAGAAGAACACACUUUAGAGAGGAGCAGGAGAUCACACAAAACAGUUGCCUUAAACUCCCCCAAGAGUCUAUCUUCACCUGUUAUAUUGCCAUCUGCCAUGUGUUCUGCCAAACUCUCACCCUGUCAUCAUUCUCCUUCUUUGAGGCCGAGGUCAGGAUGCCCCACUCCCCAGCCCACCGCCGUGUGUCCAUUGCCUUCUUGUCCCACUCCUGCUCCAGCCAUCGUCCCACAAUCCUCAGUGGCCAGUCCUCCUCCUUCCCAGAGUUCCGCAGGAAGUCAAACAGCCGCAAAGCGAGUGGAUGGAGAGGCAUCUCAACAUUACCCCGAGUCCUUUGAGCCAGAGCUUCCACCUGGCUACUCGUACACACCAGUCUCCAUGGGCUAUCGCUCCCCGACUCCUCUUGCACACUCUGCCGACCCCGCAGAUGCUGAAACUAUGCAACCCGUCCCCACAGCCGCCGAGCCGGAGCAGUCCCGGACCAUUGCGCACGGCGCCAAAAUCCACUGUGACGCUCGCUCGGCCCUGACGGAGAGGGCGAGCCCACGUGAACAGCAGAUCACAGCAAACACCUUGGAUACUGUCGAACAAAAUGAGCACAGCCUUCUCCGCAGCUCAGAGGAGAAGGAGACGGCAAAUGCUUUGCCAACGGAGAAUUCAACUGUGGAGCAACUUGAGCCAUCUGUGAAGGACAACGUGCCGUGCUUAAGGCAUCUGAUUGCUUCUCAGGGAAAUGACCCCGAGGGAAGGCUAGAAGGAGAAGGAUGCAGGGGACAAACUUCAGCAGUUGGCUCGGCCCACUCAACCGUUGAGCCCACGACCUUAACCAACAACACACUGGAUGUAAGAAACUCUGAUCACUCGAGUUUGGUACCUGAGGCGGACUUAAGGAUGGAAGGCGGCACUGAUGAGGAGGCCGCACAAGUGAAUCAGGAUGAGGAUUGUGAAAGUCACCGCCAUGCCUCGGAGAGGGACGAGGUGCUCAAGUGGAGGGUGGACUGUGUGGCGGGAAUGAAUGCCCUGGUGGCAGCUGGUCUCAGCAUGGGAGAGCUCCUCGCUUUAGAGCCCGACUUUGCCAACAUCCCCGUUCCACCGUCACGCCCUGCAACGUCAACCUUUAACCCCUGCUCAGGGAUGCAUGGUAUAGCUCUGCUGAGUGAAUUGGCCGAACUGGAACAGCGGCAGCAGAACUACGAUGGCACCGCCCAAGGGGAAGACGAGGCUGUGCUUACUCACGAUCUCCAGAGCCUUGCAACUAUUGCUGCUGCAUGUUCAUUGGUAGAGGCAUUACCCAUCGAAUUGGACGACCACCACGUUAACACAGAAGCAAGCAGGUCCUACGUAGUUCGAAUCCCACGAGUACUGAAUUUACGGAGGAAGUACUCAUGGCGGCCAAAGGCGGAAACGGUUUGUCCUUUGAAAGCUGCAAUUGACGGUAUGGAUACAUUGGAGCUGGAGAUGAGGAUGAGACUAGCGGAGCUACAGAGGCGCUACAAGGAGAAACAACGGGAGCUGGCUAAACUGCAGAGGAGACAUGAUCAUGACAGGGAUGAGAACUCAAGGAGUCCUGCAAGGCGUGGGCCAGGACGUCCGCGGAAACGCAAACAUCUUUCCACGGUUCUGUCUUCUCUGGGACAACUGAGUGAACUUGAGAAGUGUGACAGCAAAAAAGCUAAGUCCAUCAGGACGGGUUUGACUCUCCUCUGUGAGGAACUGAGGAAUGAAGUGGAGCCCAAGAAGAAGAAGUGCAAACUCGCUGGGAGGGAAGGCAAAGACCAGGAAGAUGGUGACCAUAAGGCAUGCUCAGAGAUUAAGCCGAGAGCAAAGAAAGACACUCCGCAAGUCAGCCUCGUGUCGAAGUUGGGAAAGUACAGCCCCAGUACAAAGCCUAAGGUGCUGGCCAAACCUGCAAAUAAAUCGCACACGGCGGCCAUCUUGAAGUCUGCCAGCAUCGCCAGUCCCUUCAGAGCGAAAGUGUCGGCCCUGCCCGGCAAGAUGCAGAAGCAACUGGGAAAACCAAAGAUGUUCCCGGUCAGUCACAGCCAGGAGAGAGCAAAGCAGACGACAGCGGCUCCUGAAAUGGGCUUGAAAGUGGAAUCAGGAGAAGAGGAUUGCGUAUCAAGCACUAGAGCUAAUUUUGCAAAGAGCAAAGUGGUUCAGAAGGCUCACUCCACCAUUAAGAAGAAACCUGGCAUUCAACAAAAGAGAAAGGCAGUUGGGGUCAACGUACGGAAAUGCACCAUUAAGAAGCGGAAACUGGAGGUCCAGGCAACACUGCAUGAAAAGGAAUGGAUGUCGACAGAGAGCGAUGGGUUCUCCUCAGAUGCUGCUCCAGAUUUGAGUGAGGAUGAGCACAACUAUAACAGUGCAGAUGGCAGUGAUGGCACUCUUGAGUUGGCAGUGAAAGACUCCAACGUUGGACUCCACACAGACUACUCGGCAGCACACACCGCCACAGAGACCGAUCCAUCACCAUCCUCCAUCGUCAAGCUGGAAGCCAACCAGAAAGCAAAGAAAAAAAAGGAACGACAAGGCCUUUUGGGAAUCCUUGGUUUGCCCAGCGUGGAUGGGGACGUGAAGAUCAAAAAGCGCCCCAUCAAACACAGCCAGGACGCCGGCAGUGCAGUGAAGAAGAAUGAGAGGCUCCCGGCAACGAGGAAAAAGGGACUGAAGGCAGAGGAAAAGAACAAAAAGCUGAAGAACACAAAGGGGGGAGCGGAGGUAACAAUCUGGCGCCGAUGUGAAUCUGACCGCCGGCCACUACUACACAGGGAGAGGUUAUUUCCCAGUGAAGCCUCUCUACCUGCAAAACUACCGUCCAGAACGCAGGCCAAGAAAGCCACACCCAACAGGUGUAAAAACGUCACCAGGACGAGCAAGCUGCUGCAGGCUACGUUCAAGAAGUCAAGUGGACUCUGCAUAUCACAGAAAGGAACAAAUUCCACUGACUACCAACGGAAUCGGCUGAACAAACUCAAGAGCAAACUCCCGGUGAAAGAGUCAAAAGGCCGAGCUGUCAGCAAACUGUUGGAGAGCUUUGCAGCGGACGGUGACUUUGCAUUUGAUGAUGACAGCAGCUUCUCUGAGGAAGAUGCGAAUGCCUCUGUGAGCUAUUCAGCAGAAUUGUACGUUCCUCAGUCUUGUGCUAUCAGUAAAGAAGAUCUUAAAGAAGGACUUCACAUUCUCAUACCAAAGGAAGACAAACUGCUGUAUGCGGGAAGUGUUAGAAUACUUCAGACACCUGACAUCUAUGGUGUUGUGAUUGAAGGAGAAAGAGGAAACCGACAAAGAAUCUACUCCCUGGAGCAACUGCUACAGGAAGCGGUACUUGAUGUCAGGCCUCUUUCUCGCCAGUUCCUGCCUCCUGCCACCAGGGUCUGUGCUUACUGGAGUCAGAAAUCCCGCUGCUUGUACCCAGGAACCAUCAUUCAAACAGGUAGCUCCAGUGAUGAGGAAGAAGAGGACAGAGAUGAUUUUGUCACCGUGGAGUUUGAUGAUGGUGAUGUGGGACGCAUUUCUCUGUCGAAUAUCCGCCUUCUGCCUCCUGAUUAUAAGAUACAGUGUACAGAACCUUCUCCGGCUUUGCUGGUGUCCAACGGGAGGCUACGGGUCCGGAGAUUCCCGGUGGAAAGGCGAGAUGGUAUAGUGAGCAAUCAGAAUCACUCUCUGGAUGGCCACAACCCCGCAGAGCUGAGCAAAAAAUCUGGCAAGAAGACUUUCUUAAAAGGGAAAGCUGAAAAAGGAAAAGGAGUUUCAAACUCUGAGGUAUCGACGUUGUUGAAAGGGGAAUACAUGCUGAGUAAAAGGUCGGAAACACUGAUAAAUUGGCCAGGAAUUGUUCAGACAAAAAAGAAGAUCUCCACCAAGAACACCAUGAUCCUAGAGAAUCUGUUUGAGUUUAACGGGAGCACGAGAAGGAUGAAGGGUAAAGAGCGCUUCCUCCCCAUUCACGGCCUCCCUCCUCCGGUUUUCAGCGGUGGCUUCAAGGUGGACUCCUUCAGUAGCAUUGCCAGCACGUUUGGUGCCUUUGGGAGCAGCCCUAGUCUGAUCCCAAACCCCAAGCCCCUGAAGUACAGGAAGAUGGAGAAACUGGACAUAUCCAUCCCGAAAGGUGGGAAGAGAAAAGCAGAAACGGAAUACCUUGUAAAAUUAGAUCACGAGGGCGUGAUGUCUCCCAAAACGAAGAACGGAAAGGCCUUGAUGAUGAGCGAGAAGGAGUUUGGGGUGAAGUCUGGCGCUGUCUACUCCCAGGCAGCUUUGCUAAGUAAGGAACGAAACAGAAGGAUAGAACUUCUCAAAGGAAAACAUGCUCAACUGCGAAACCUUCCCCUCAGCUUGGCCAUGAAUGAGUACACUGGCCAGUCAGAGUUUGCGAUGGACUGUGACAGUGACAGUCACAGCUCCCUCUCCGACAUGGAUGACGAAGAUGAAAGCAGAAACCUUCGGCAGAGCGUCACGUCGAGAUUCAUGUCCAGACUCUCCGUCUUGUCUUCGUCUUCUGGGUCUUCAUCCUCCUCAACAUCUGGCUCUACCUCCACAUCUAGCCUGUGCUCGUCAGACAACGACGACUCAUCCUACAGCUCCGACGAUGACUCGACACUCUUGCUACAAACCUGCAUGACCCGACCUGUGCCGACAAUGCUGGCCUCCUCUGACCCGCGGCAAGCAGAGGCCAAGAUCGCCCCUCACUCCUUCUCAGUCAAGUCGGUGAUGUCCGCCACCAAGAUCAAACAGAGGAGGCAGGAAGAGCUACGACUUCAAAAGGCCAAGGAGGUAUCAAAGAGGCAGAGGUUGCCGUCUGUGGAGAAUCGUCCCAAAAUCUCCUCUUUUCUCCCAGCACGGCAGCUAUGGAAAUGGUCUGGAAAGCCAACUCAGAGGCGAGGUAUGAAAGGGAAAGCAAAGAAACUUUACUACAAAGCCAUCGUGAGAGGGAAGGAGACGAUCUGUGUGGGGGAUUGUGCGGUGUUCCUCUCCGUCGGACGCCCAAACCUCCCGUACAUCGGCCGGAUAGAGAGCAUGUGGGAAUCGUGGGGAAGCAACAUGGUGGUCAAAGUGAAAUGGUUUUAUCAUCCUGAAGAAACAAAACUGGGCAAGAAGUGCAACGACGGCAAGAAAGCAUUGUAUCAAUCCUGCCAUGAAGAUGAAAACGAUGUACAGACUAUUUCCCAUAAAUGUCAGGUAGUCGGUCUGGAACAGUACGAACAAAUGAUAAAAACCAAGAAGUAUCAGGACAGUCAAGACUUGUAUUACCUGGCUGGGACCUAUGAUCCGACGAUAGGCAGAAUCCUCAAUGCAGAUGGAGUACCCAAUCUCUGUUAAAAACUUGAUGUAUGAAUUAAUAUAAAGCCUGGAUCUGCACCACAAUAACAGGGAUUGAGAAACCUUUCUGUUAAAAAAAAAUCUAACUAACCUAAUGAAUUUUUCAAAUGAUGCAAGAUGGACAGGAGCUGGAUACUUGUUAUCAACACCUUGAGGCUCAAGCACGUGGUCCUGGAAUCAUUGGCAGUGAAAUUCUAGGUGGUCAAGCAAUGGUUCUUGGAGACAUAAGAACUAGGCCUUCUGGGGAUCAGUAAUACUGGAUUUACCAAAGUGAAACCCUUCGGGCAUCAGGUAGGCUGGAAUUGGAACGUAUAACUUCUAGGCAUCAAUGGGUCGACCAGGCAGAAUUUGCACAUGAGAGAAGUAGGCCUCAAGCAACGGAGUUGGCAAAGUUCGGAGAUGAGAUCGGGCCUCAAAGAAUCAAGAAAGCUGGAAUGGCCACAUGGAAACUUGACCUUGAUCUGAGUAGGUUUCAACCAUGGGACAAACAGCAUGGAGUUUAUUUCAGUGUGCGUGUGCGGGUGUGUGCGUGAGCGUGCGUGUAUGUGUGUGCAGAUUGAAGAAAGAAGGAAAAUGAGCAUCAUACAAGCCAUACACUCCCAGUACCUCUGUCUGCUUUCAACUUUGCAAAGCAGAAUCAGGUCUAAUGUGUUUUUGUUGUUACUUUGUUUCCUGGAGAGUUUUGUAAAAACCCAGGAGCUUUUUUUUAAAUGCACUGCAUUACUCAGCUCAGCUGAGAUUGCUUAUUGGCUGGAACUUCUGAAGAAGAAAAAUGGAAGGGGGAGAAAAAGACUUUACUUUGAAGAAGACUGCUUACACGAGACAGAUUGUGGCAUCAUUCUGUCAAACUAACUCUAACCUCCUAACUGAACUGUUGAGAGAUUCACUCUUGUGGGUUAAAUGUUCCUUUUUUUUAAAAGUGAUUGGUGAAAAUAAAUUAUAAUCCCUAUUGCUAAAAAUUGUAUAGAAUACUGCACACAUGCAGGGAAUGGUCAGCCAUGUUUGUUCCCUUUCUGACGCACAGAUGUUAAAGAGACAGUCUCCCUUUUAUUGAACUAUGUGGACAAGGUAUAAAAGCUUCUAACUUUGAUGCCAAGAUUCAGAUAAGUAAAUUGGUUCCAGCCACUGUGGAGAACACCUGUUAUCUCCUGCCCUUUGUGAACAAUAGCAAGCUGCUCACUGUAAAACAAAUCAAAGAUAAGGCACUCAAGGUAUCACGUUUGUAAAAAAAUUGUUGGUGAAGGAUUAAACCAUGAAGGCUAAAGGCUUUUAAAUUGUUCAUAGGUUAAUAAGUUAAUAGGAGCAGAAUUAGUCCAUUCGGCCCAUCAAGUCUAUUCUGGCAUUCAAUCAUGGCUGAUCUGUCUUUCCCUCUCAACUCCAUUCUCCUGCCUUCUCCCCAUAAUUCUUGACACACGUACUAAUGAAGAAUCUAUCCAUUUCCACCAUAAAAUAUCUAUUGACUUGGCCUCCAAAUCCAUCUGUGGCAAUGAAUUCCACAGAUUCACCACCCCCUGACUAAAUAAAUUCCUCCUCAUCUCCCUUCUAGAGGUUUGUCCCUUUUAUUCUGAGGCUACGGCUUCUGGUCCGAGACUCUCCCAUGAGUGGAAAUAUCCUCUCCCAUUCUAUCCAGGAAUUUGUAUUGUUCUCAUGAAGUAUUUUGAUUUUAUUAGGAAAUGAUCAAUUCAUUUAUUCAGUGCAUGAUGCUUUUCAGUUUAAAUUAGAAUCAAUGGGAAAGAUUCAGCCUUGACAUUAAAAAAAAUGUUUUAAAGUACUGCAUCAGAAGACAAACCAGCAGUCUUAGACUAGUUUAGUUCCUAAUUGAAGCUUACAAUUGAGAAGCUCAGGGAGAAAUUGUCUCCAAUCGGCAAAUUUGGAUCGGCCAUUCCAUAGCUGCAACACUGGAUAUUUGCUUCUAUUGAUUGCACGGAGCUAAAUAUCGGGCACUGCAUCAAACAGGCAGCCAACACAAGACCAUCUCUUUUAUGCCAUCAAUUCCGAUCAAGUUCAACCGUACUCUUUCUGUAGAGCCAGGAUGCAGGAAUUCAACCUCAGUGAUUAGUAUUACACAUGCCACAUGGUAAGUGUCUACGGAUUGUACUCUGCUCCUGAAAUUUGAUUCCAUUGAAGUCAGGUUGGUUGAGGUACAUUCUGCAGAUGGUCCCGUAUUCCACAUUUCGUGCUUGCAGUCAGGGAUGAAUUCUGCUGGUCUCCUGAUGACUUACCAUCUGUGACUGUGUCACGGUGUGUUCUCUGCACUUACAGCACCAACAGGUCCCUUCACUCGUGGUGAGUUUGAGUUUAGUUUAUUGUCACAUGUACCGAGGGACAGGGAAAAGCUUUUGUUGCGUGCUAACCAGACAGCGGAAAGACAAUACGUGAUUACAAUCGAGCCAUCCAUAAGGGAAUAACGUGAAUAACGUUUCGUGUGAGAUAGACUCCAGUUAAGUCUGAUCAAAGAUACUCCAAGGAUCUCCAUUGAGGUGGAUAGUAGCUCAGGACUGCUCCCUAGUUGUUGGGAGGAUAGUUUGGUGAUAACAGCUGGGAAGAAACUGUCCCUGAAUCUGGAGGUAUGCGUUUUCACACUUCCAUACCUUUUGCCCGAUGGGAGAGGGGAGAAGAGAGAUUGGCCAGGGCAUGACUUGUCUGUGAUUAUGCUGGUGGCCUUGCCGAGGCAGCGUGAGGUGUCAAUGGUGUCAAUGGAAGGGAGGUAGGAUCCAGAUCCAGCAUGAAACUAUUGAUCUUAGACUCGUAAGAUCAAUAAUUUCAUGCACGUGUCAUGGAUGUGGAUCAGUUUCAUGGGUAGUAGACGCAGCUUCUUGGCAAACAACAACGUUUUAAGCUUCAAAUGUAAUAACCAACAGGGAAAAGGUGUUGCUCAAGUAACUCAGGCUUCCUUCAGGCUACGUGUCUGUUAUUUAUAAUUGCAGCUUCAUUCCACAAUGGCAAGCUGACUGCUGUUUAAAGCAGCAGCUGGGUUUAUUGCCUCCUGCGCUCGCCAGUGCACAACUUUCCACCUGUUUGCUUUAAUGGACAGGAAAAUCAGGCUGCAGCGAGCAGAGAGGCCUGCCUGGAAGUCUGCAUCGCAGGCGAAACGCAACCUGAAACCAUAGAAAUCAGAAACAGAAGCAGACAGGGCUGCCACUGCACAGCAGGCUAGUUGCAAAGUGAGCAAGAAUGAAAGGUCCCAUUUCAGGUCGGAUAACGAGCUGGAAACUCUACCUUACAUGAAAGUACCUACUAAAGCGGUCACUGAGAGGGGCACACUCAUGCCAGUUUAAACAGGGCCAGUGAGGGAGGGAUUUUGCAGCAAGCAUAGUUCACAACAUUUGCUUUCAUAGAGUCAUAUGGAGAUACCCAUCUUAGAACCAGGCCAUUCACCCUGCCCUGUCUAUGCUGAUAAUUGAGUUCUCAUCUAUGAUAAUCCAUUUAAUCAGCUUUCAUAUGUGAUACGAGCAGAAUUAGGCCAUUCGGCCCAUCAAGUCUACUCCACCAUUCAAUCAUGGUUGAUCUAAAUCUCCCCCUUAACACCAUUCCCCUGCCUUCCCCCCAUAACCCCUGACACCCGUACUAAGCUGUGACGGUUCAAAAACUCACUAAGAUGCUUCUUAAAAGUUGUGAGAGAACCUGCCUCCGCCAUCCUCCCAAGCAGUGCGUUCCAGAUUUCAUCCACCCUGUGGGUGAAAAAAAAUGUCCUCAGAUCCCCUCUCACUCCUUACUGCUCACGUUGAUCCUCAGUUCCCACGUCUGAGAGACCUCAGUUGCACUGACGAGUUGUGUGAGAUUUCUGAACUCCAUGCAGCAACUUCUGAAGUUGGGCUGGAACCGCUGAAGGAAGCAGUGGAGUGGUAGGGAUGGGCAGAUGUGUACAGCUCUGACACACACACACAUACAGGCCUCCUCUCUGGCUUCCUUGCAUCACUGUCAUGUUUAGUAACAAUCAGUGACUGAGAAUAGUGGUGAAGUUUGACAAACAGAAGCCAAGGAACUUGCUUAAUGAGCUAAAAGAGCAGAUAUAUUAAUCAAGGGGCUUUGCAAAUCCUGAUCUCAUUAUCACUUACUUUAAGAGAGGGGAGUUGUGAACUUUUUGAGAAUGAUUCAUUCAGAGGCAUCGGCAUGGCCAUCGCUGCCCAUGCAAGUGAUUAUUCACUAAUGAAAUAGAAAACAAAUAGUCCACUCAGGUGAAUUAUUAUGUAAUGAGUGCCAGCUGCAUCUAACAUUGCUGAAUUAAUUCAAUCAUCACCACACUCCAAUAAACCUAGCUCCUAAUUCAGGCAGAUUCUUUCCAGCAGUGGAGAUACAUUUGGAGAAAAGGGUUUUGAACUUACACCUGCGAUGCUCAUAAAUUUAGGGUUGCUUGAAAGAAAUGAGGUCCUUCACAUCAAUAACUCUACCUUCUCCUGCCUCCUUGUUGCUCCCACCAUACCAACCCACGAUCUGUUCAUCUUCACUUUCUUCUACUUCUUCUUGUGAACGAAACAUAAAUAAACCAAAGGAAUAGUUAGAUCUCAAGCCGGGUGUUGAGCAGCCAGGUUGUUGUCUCUGCGUCAAUGUCUGCCAGGCCCUGAGCUCCAUUUGGUGGGUGGUGGAGCGGGCACUCGGAGAUGACAUGGUUGGCUGUCUGUUCUGCUCCGCAUUCACAGGCUGGGCUCUGGCGGAGCCCCCAUCUCCACAUGCUGGCAUUGAAACACCCAACCCCAGUACAAAGUCUGUUGAGCUUCACCCAUGCUCCUCUGGGGAAGUCAGACCUUGGACAGCUUUUAUCUGGUGAAGAGAUGCAGUUGUGUAAUGGAGAUGAGGUUGCCUCCCACUCCUGUGACCUCUUGGUUUCCAGUCUGCUUUUGUCUCAGUUGGCUGGAUGGAUGCUAGGAGUUCAUCUUCAUCUUAAAGCACAUAUAGGAGAAGAGUGGGUGUGACCUGAACUGAGACACCCCAUAAAGGUAAAACUGUAAAUGCCCUUGUAUUUCCCCAGUGAGGUGGGAUGAGAGGAGUAACAGCUGAGAAUCUUGGUGUUACCUGCUCCAUAGAUCAGCAGAUCAGCCCACAGAUACAUAAACUCACGAUCACUGGAUUACAGGCCAUUCCCUGGUUACAAACACCUGAGUUACAGACACCUGUACAUACAGACGAGCUCCCAUAAUAUUAUUAAAUUCAAAGGUCUGGCGUACAUAUAGUUGUUUAUUCCGACAAGCAGCAGAACUAGUUUCCUCUCGCUCCACUUUCAGUAAUUAAGAAGUUUAAGGAGGAGAAUUAGGCCAUUCGCCCCACCACGUCUACUCCGCCAAUCAAUCAUGGCUGAUCUAUUCUUUCCCUCACAACCUCAUUCUCUUGCCUUCCUCCCCAUAACCCUUGACCAACUUGUUCUUCCUUAUUCAUCUUAUGUGCUCGUAAUGCCAUUUAUUACAGAACUCUGGAGGUAUCGAGUGAUAUUUUGUGCAUUUUCUAACUUGUGGACAAAAUCUGUAAAAACAGAGCCCAUUUGUUACUCAGGGAUGGCCUGUAGUUUGAUAUUAUGUACCAUGAAUUCAACAUGGAGAUUGCAAGAAGUUUGAAGUGUAACAAGUUGUUAGCGUUAUGAUUGUUUUACAUGGAGCUGCUACUCACUUGCAAUGAACCAAUAUUUACCAUACCCUUCCUGUCAUUAAAUUAACUCCUUCACUGUUUUCAACUGAAUAUGACGGGGUUAUCCUUACUGUAAAAAACAAUGACCAAGUGGUGUUAGGUAAAUGUGGUUUCCAAAGCAAAAGGAUCCAAAAAGAUUUUUCACAGCGUUAAAAAAAAAAGCUUUUCCUGGCUGGAACUUGGCACCAUGGAAACAAAUCUACCACUGGCAAAGUCAGAGCAGAGAGAUGAUUUUAAAGGAAAAAAACAAACUAACUAUAAGCACUUAAGCAUUGUUAUCAAUCAUGGAAGAAACAGCUCUAAGUCAAGGACAAUCGGUGUGAGGAUGUGGGUUUUCUUUAAAGACCUAUCAAACUAUAUAAUUUCUAUUUUAUUGUUGCACAAUUCUUCAUGGGUUUAAUCUUGUCCCACUUCUGACUGGAACUGCGUUCAGGCAGUGGAAAGAAAAUCCAGGGUGAGUGUUUGUUAGAAGCUGAGUUUAUGUAGUUGAAAUUAGGGAGGGACCAUCAAUUUAUCUUGUAAAAUGCAAAAGCCCUCAGAUUAAUCUUCAAUUGGCUGUUUAUCGGCAAAUCUGUGGCCAUAAUGGCAGCUAGGAAUGAACUGACGAUAAACUGCCGAGCUGGGUUAUUGAACUGAAAUCAAAUUCUAUUGUAAAACUGGAAAUAACAGUGGGAUUGUUAAAGGAGAAAGAUUAGCUGUGCAGGGUGUCACAUUGUUAAUAUUUAACUGCUGGAAAUCCUGUGGCUGCAUUGUACAGGUACCAGCUCUUGUCUUUCUCUCAAGGUUGGGAAAUUGUCCCACUACCGUCUUUGUGUGUGUUUUACAAUGAUUAUCACAAUGAUUUUCUAGAAAGGUCAAACAACUUUGGAAAGGCUUGAGCACUCGACUUUAUACUGACUGUUAAUGAUGACACCUUUGUGCAUUUAAAUAGAAGAUAGAGGCAAUGUCAUCCUAAUGAGGGAAGUAAAGUUGGGACAAUGUUUUACUUUUACACUCUGGUUGACAUUGUAAAGGUGACAUGUGUGUUUGUCUACCAUGUGCCACAUGUGCUUUUCUAGAUUGAAUGAAAGUAAAGGCUUUGUCCACUCGCACUCCCUUCCAGCUUUAGUAUUUCUUAAAAUUCCACAUAGUAAUGAUAAAAGGGAUACUGUCUCCAUCAUAAAGAUCACAACCACAGUUUACAAAAGGUGUUUUAAGGUUUGAGUCCAUUGUUGUUUGUUCUUGCAGGUUAUCAAUGUAGUAUUUCAUUAUCGUUGCUUUGAAACACUAACCUGUUGUAAACGUUUUUAAUAUCACAGUCGCAACUCAGUUCUUGGGGAUUUCUUUCUAUAUUUUCUUACAAUGAUUUUAGGUGAGCAACCUGCAGAGAGAGGCUCACAGAGGUACCAUGGUUUCAAACAGUGCCAUGUUGCAGACAUUCACCUUGGUUUCUAUUUGUUUCCCAUAACAUGGCUGCCCUCCAGAAGGAUUAUUUGAGUUUGCCUGUUUAUAUAUAUCAAAAAAAUGUAUUUAAGAUAAAUUGCAGCUUGUGUUUCUUUCGUGUGAGACUAACCUUUUGGCCUCUGAACUUUCACUCGGUGGCCAUUUUGCAUAUAGACUGGUGCAGUGUGACAUCACCAUCACAUAUCCCGUAUUUGCAAUAGGUCAAACUCAUCAAUCAACUGGGUGGUUUAGUGAAGGACGGGCCACUCUGAUUCCAUAGCAACAGCUGGGCAGUUUAGUGAAGGAUGGGCGACUCUAGUUCCAUAGCAACAGCUGAAAGAUAAAGAGAACCAGAUCCUAAUGCUGCUUGGGGCUCUUUCAGAUAUAAUGAAUGAAGACCUUUCACGUGAGAACAAAUAACAGGUUUUUCUUCGUCUUUUUUUCCCCCUUAAUAACUUAAACUGUAUAUUAUUCCUGGGCAAAAUUAUUAUUGACCUUUUUUUUUGUCUGUAAAGGUCAGAGGUCAACUCGAGAUGUAGCUUUGUUAAGGAAUUUCUGGCUCGCGAGUCGGAUGUUUGUGCAUUUAUAAGACGUGGUUAGGUAGAUUCAUCACAGGUGAUUGGAGUAAAGAAGAAAGAAUUUUAAGAUGCGUGAGUUGCAUAACCUUUCACGUUGCAACUUUUGAACAAAUAUGUUGUAAUAUUAAAAUAAAAUGAGGUGGGUUUUACUGUCCAUUGUUAUCUGAGCCGAUCCGAGCCGGCUCUGUUACUUGGUGCAUGAAUUCCCUCGCUUGUGCAACACAGAAUUUCCUGUCACAUUCUGUGCUUCAAAUCGAAGGGAGAAUUUUUCUUUAAAUUAGAAAAAAGGCAGUGCUAACUUUGGGGACCCAGCCCUUUGUCAGAGUUAGGGUAGCCCUGCGUUAAAGGUUUAAAAGGAUGGGCGCAGAGCACCAUAUCCUAACCCCCCCCCCUCCCCUCCCUCCACUUCCCCUCCACCUCCCCUCUCCAACCCCAUCUGAGAUCUGGCUGCCUUCCAUCUGGUACUUGAUGUGAUGUCAACAUUGGACCAAUCUGCUAGGCAUUCUGUUACCUAUUUUGUUCAGUCCAGUGACACAAGUGCAGUACUACUUGCUCACUGCUGGCUGGGAUUUUAUUUGCUUGUAAAGUAAGACCUUCUGGGGACUGGAAUUGUGAUGCAUCAUGCGAAAAUAAAUGGGCAAGAGAGGCGCGGGCCCGUCUGAGACUUGCUCAAUAGCGUUUUAAUCCUACAAGGAGAAGUUUUAAAAAAAAUUAUACAAUAAAAAAAACUACAAUAUUACAGAGUUAUUUACUAGAUAUUAAAAUAUUUUGAAACUGAAAACCCAGGAGAGCUUUUUUUUAAGCUUGUUGAUUUUUUUUAUUUUGUUUUCAGUUUUUUUUGUUGAAAUGGAAGGAACUGUUAUUCUAAAAAAAAGUGUUUAAAUGUAGUAAAAACCCUAUUGUAAAUGUGUAAAGUAUGACUAUGGUCUCAGUUUUUGUGUAAACACUAAAAAAAUAAGUUUUAUGGACACAAUCUCUAUGUAAAAGCAUUUUAGUAUUAAGAUUUUUAUAGAUAACUUGGCUUCUGAAUAAAUAUUUUAAAAAACAGGUUGGUCAUGUGUGUGGUUACUCAGUGGAUAUUAUGUUAGCGGAUGCAUUUUGCUUGAUCCCUCAUUUAUUAUAAGAUUCAGCGUGGCAUUAACAUCAGUCUGCAAGUUGCUUAAUGCCUACACUAUAGUUGGCAAUGUUGCAUUCACAAGACACCGGUUUCACCGCAGAGGAUGCAUAAUUUUAAAUGCAUCAGGUUAAUUCCUGUUUAUUCUGCUCAAAGGUUAUAUAAUGUAACCGGAAUCCAAUGUGUAGGGGGACUAAAGUCCUCCACUGUUUAACUAUCCAGGUCUUCUUGACAACAAAGAUGUUUAGCCUAAUGGUUAAAGUACUGGGUUGGCAACUACAAGCCUGGGGCAUUGAGCUAGUGAUCUGAGUUUGAAUCCCACCAAGGCAUCUUGGGGUGUCCUGACGUGAAUCACUUUAAGGGUGGCACAGUGGCGCAGCGGUAGAGUUGCUGCCUUACAGCGCCAGAGACCCCAGUUUGAUCCUGACUUAUAGGUACAGAGUUUGUAUGUUCCCCCUGUCACCACGUGUGUUUUCUCUGGGUGCUCUGGUUUCCUCGUACACUCCAAAGACGUACAAGUUUGUAGGUUAAUUGGCUAUGGUAAAAAUUGUAAAUACUCCCCGGUGUGUACGAUAGUGCUAGUGUAGGUAGAGUGAAAAGCUUUUGUUGCGUGCAAUCCAGUCAGCCGGAAAGACAAUACAUGAUUACAAUCGAGCCAUUUGCAGUGUAUAAAUGCAUGAUAAGGGAAUAACGUUUAGUGCAAGGUAAAGCCAGCAAAGUCUGAUCAAGGAUAGUACGAGGGUCACCGAUGAGGUAGAUAGUAGUUCAGGACUGCUCUCUGGUUAUGGGUGGAUGACUUAGUUGCCCGAUAACAGCUGGGAAGAAAUUGUCCCGGAAUCUGGAGGUGUGUGUAUUCACACUUCUAUACCUUUUGCCUGAUAGGCGAGGGGAGAAGAGAGAGUGGCCAGGGUACAACUUGAUUAUGUUGGUGGUCUUGGCGAGGCAGCGUGAGGUGUAAAUAGAGGCAAUGGAAGGGAGGUUGGCUGGUUUGAGUGAUGGUCUACGCUGCGUCCACAAUUCGCUGCCAUUUCUUGUAGCUCCAUUUAUAACGUAGCUUCACGAUCUACCAGAACAAGCACACAGUUCAUGCCUUCACAGUUUCUUCAGAUUUAAUAGCCUGGCCUCAAAUUGAGUCAAAUCUCUUUCAGUUUUUUACAUAUUCUUUCAAUUUAUGACCUCUGUUCCCCAAAGGGCCCCUUAAUUUACAGAUCACCAUUUAAUUCUUUAUCAUUGCGCAAAAAUGGAUCCCUUAUGGCUGAUCGCCCUUUGGUUACUCAUCUUAGUGAUUUAGAAGAACACUUUUUGAACAUUCCGUGCCUUCCUGUUAUUUGACAUUGUCUUCAUGUUACUGCUAAAGUCUCCCUUAUAGCAG